AUGCUCAGUACACUCAACUUGUCGCGACAUCGAGAAACAAUCUUUCACAGACACUAUCGUGAGGCACUGGUUGCACCGACCAUCGAUCGUUACAUCUUGGAUUCAUCGUUUCUAGUCAGGCCAGAUUUCAGUAUGGGGUUCCGUCAUUUCACUGCCGUAUUGGCAACAUCAGCACUUGUUUUUCAAGUCGAAGCGCGCCAUGUACUGAAGGGAGCACCGUACAGACACGAAGCAGUCGAGCUCGAUCGAAGACAAGGAGGACCAUUGAUUCCAGUUUCACAAGAGCCAGCAGCAGUGGUGGCGACCACACCUCCACCGAUCCUUACAUUCGUUACGCCAUCGCCUGGAGCAUCGCCUGUAGCCGUGACAGAGCAGAGCCAACUCGUGGACUCCUUCGUACCGCAAUUCACACUAUGCGAUCUGCCACCUCAGGCAGUCUAUCCCGUCACCCCUUUGCCUUCGAUUACCACCAUGAGCGCACCUUGGAGAAACAACUCAAUCUCGAUACCACCAGGUAACGGAACAUGCACCACCAUCUACAGCCCGACUCAGACCAUGGUCUGCACCACAACGUUGACUGGGCUUGUCACUAAAUACACAGUCAGCCACUGUAGCCAAGACAUCACCUUUUCGACAGAGUAUGGUGCUGUGCUUGCGUCGCCAACAGUGACUGCUGAAGCCGCCUCUGGUGCGAUUGGAAGUGCCUUGGUCACGCCAGCGCCGACACUCCAGCGGUUGACCACAUACUAUCUCGCGCCAUGGCAAGCCGUCACCGCCGGCAUUGCCCCCGAAGAAGUCGCGCUCAAAGUGUGCGCAACAUACGCCAACGGCACAGAGGAGUGCAUCAGACAGUAUGAGGUCUGGCACACGUCGCUUAUUACUUCGACGGCCACUACAACCACAUCGGUCAAUAUCUCAACCACGAUUCACGGCCUCUCGCAACUUAUUGUCGAGACUUUUGUCGCCAAUGUCACGGCGCAAGUGACGACUUUCAGCAUGGCCACCAACAUGGAGCUCGAGUACAAGACGGAGAUUGAGACGACCGAAAGAGAGACUGCUACACCCACUACUGCGCCCACAAGCUAUAUGACCGUGACUCUCGAGAAUGCGACACCAAGCAGCAGCGGUGAUACAACCAUGACUAGAACAUCGACCAUCCGACUGACUCGCAGCACAACCGUAUACGUUGGUACGAGCACUUCCACUGUGCCCGAUGGAGUUCUACCCACACCAGCCGCAGACGCAGAGGAUGGCGCCUUCCCAACGCCGACUGAAUCUGUAGACUGGGUUGACUUGCUCGGUAUACCAGCCGCGAGGAAGGAGUAG